CUGUCUGGGUUUCCCUCUACAGGUAAUGUCUUUGUGGUGAGCUUGGCGUUUGCUGACCUUGUGGUGGCUUUCUACCCCUAUCCCCUGGUACUUUAUGCUCUUUUCCAUGACGGAUGGGGACUGGGAAACACACAAUGCAUGGUCAGUGGUUUCCUGAUGGGACUGAGUGUUAUCGGUUCCAUUUUCAACAUCACUGGGAUCGCGGUCAACAGAUACUGCUACAUCUGUCACUCAUUCUCCUACAGCAAACUGUACAGCUAUCGCAACACUUUUAUGUUUGUUGCCUUAAUUUGGGUGCUCACAGUCGUGGCCAUUGUUCCGAAUUUAUUCGUUGGUUCUCUGCGCUAUGACCCGCGCGUCUACUCCUGCACCUUCGCCCAGAAUGUCAGCAGCUCUUACACGGUGGCCGUGGUGGUGGUCCACUUUCUGGUCCCCAUUGCAGUGGUUACUUUUUGUUAUCUACGCAUUUGGGUUCUUGUGAUUCAGGUGCGGCGAAAAGUGAAGACUGAAGAGAGCCCUCGCCUCAGACCAAGUGACUUGCGGAAUUUCAUCACCAUGUUUGUGGUCUUUGUGUUGUUUGCCAUCUGCUGGGCCCCACUUAAUCUGAUAGGCUUAGCGGUGGCAAUAGAUCCGGCCCAUGUGGCUCCCCGCAUCCCUGAGUGGCUUUUUGUGGUGAGCUACUUCAUGGCCUACUUCAAUAGCUGUCUGAAUGCCGUCAUCUAUGGUUUACUUAACAGGAAUUUCAGGAAUGAGUACAAACGCAUCGUCACCUCUGUCUGGGUGACCCGGCUAUUUGUGACGGAGACAUCAAGAGCCGCCACAGACGGGAGGAGCAUGAGGAGCAAGCAGUCAUUGCCUCCACCACUGAACAACAACGAUUCAGUCAGAGAUCGAGUGAACAAAGAUUCUUGA